GGCUCAGGUUGCGAGGGCGGCAGCCCCCGGCCCUCCUCCCCUCCUUCCUGCCCGCCUCCCCGGGCGGAGAGCACCGGCCCGGCCGCCUCCUCCGCCCCCUCCCCGUCCCCGUCCCUCUCCCUUCCCACCCGGCCCCGCUGCCAGGGGCGAAGCCGCCCGCCGGGCCCCGCGGUUUUUUUUCUUGGAUUUUAUUACUGGAAAACUCUCUAAUGACAACAUUGCUUAGGAGCUGAGUGUCGUGACCUGCCCUGCUCCUGCCCGCUUGGUGUGGCAACGACCUGAAGGACGUCUUGGAGCCACCUGUACUGCUUCAUGCAGUUAAAUGUUCUGAGGUCAUGAAACUUAAUCCACAGCAAGCCCCGUUAUAUGGUGACUCUGUUAUUACAGUGCAGCUGACUGAGGAAGAUAAAGUUGAAGAUGAUGUAGUUUUUUAUUUGGUCUUCACUGGAUCAACUGUCCAACACUGCACAAGCACAAGAAAGAUUAAUCCUGGGAGUCUGGAGACAAUUUCUCCUGGCCAUGACUGCUGUGAGACAGUGAAGGUGGCACUCUGUGCCUCCAGAGAAGGUCACCCUGUUCUGGUUGUGGCAGAAGAGAGUUUCCAGUUUGUCCAGGAUGAAGCCUACGAUGCUGCCCAGUUUCUGGCCACCUGUGCUGGCAACCAGCAGGCGCUGAACUUCACGCGGUUCUUGGACCGGUCAAGACCCCCUGCUGCAGACGUGGACUUUCUGGAUGAGAAAGUGGCUUUGGCGUUUCGACACCUGAAACUUCCAGCAGAAUGGAACGUGCUGGGAGCAGACCAGUCCCUGACCGAGAACAUCCCUCGGGAGACACUGAUGCAUUUUGCGGUGAGGCUGGGUCUGCUGCGGCUGACGUGGUUUCUGCUCCAGCAGCCGGGAGGAAGAGGAGCUCUGAGCAUCCACAACAACGAAGGGGCAACGCCCGUCAGCUUGGCCUUGGAGAGGGGCUACCAGAAGCUGCACCAGCUUUUGACAGAGGAGGAGGCCAGGGAGCCGGACUCCUGGAGCACCUUGUCUCACACGGUGCACUCGGGGGACUACAGCGUGAAGCACCACCGCGGGCUCAACGUGUACCUGCUGACGGCUGAGGCCAAGGAAGGGGCAGCGUCCAGCUGGGAGAGGGACAUACAGCACCUGCAGAUGCACAUGCAGAACCACCAGCACAAGAGUUCCAGGCAGCAGACAGAGCCUGUACUGGGGGAUUCUGGAGACAGUUGUGCUAAAGGAGCAGAGCCAGAUCGUCGCCUGACCACUACCUCUCAGAGCCUUGAAAAAAUGGCAAGAGAAGAAAGGCAGGAAAAUCCAUCUGAUCUGGGUCAUCUGGACUUUGGACAGCUCUCAGACCAAACCCAACAGGAGGAGAAAUGCAACAGCAGGAGUUUGGGAACUUUUAAUGAUGCACCCAAUAACUUGGUUAGCCUGGGGGAUGGAAACAGCCCAGAGUCAUUCUAUGAAAGUAAAAACACAGAGAUAUUGUGUAAAAAGGAAGAGGUGGGGCCAACCUCUGCCGAAGACUCUGGGACUGUAUCAGAUGAGAAGGAAUGCACUGUGAGCCCGUGUGCAAGUGUAAACGGUGCUGUAAAUCUUCCAUCCUCUGGAAAUACAAAUGAGGCAGCUGGAAUGACAUCUGCUGGAGUUGUUCUGGAUCAAGCUGGCUUGGGCAGUACAGAUAUUGCCCAUCAGGAAGUGCAAGGUGCCGAGGAGCGUGCAGCUGGCAGUGCUGCUGCUGUGGUUGCAGCUGCAGGUGAAGCCCCAGCUUCCUCGGAGGGCCUGGAUGUGGUUAUGGGCCAGGCUGAAUGCAGGAACUGUGCCGGGGCCGCUGAGAGGGCUGCGGGCCAGCAGCAGGGAGAGGAUGGGAUGGCAGAGGUGGGCGAGAGGACUGCAAACCUGGAAGAGGAAUCUCCAGCUAAGGAGGAGUCAGCCAGUGCUGCUCAGCCCUUACUCAGUGGUUUUAAUGGCACUGAGUGUUCGAAUGGGGAGGAUGCAAACAUGGGAGUGGCACCGGCCUGGGAUGGUACAAAUGCAGAUGGUGGCACUGGCGAUGUCUCUGUUGACCUUUGCAAGACUGGCGAUAACAAAGAGACUGGAUCAUGCACUGCUCAGGUAAAUGGUGACUUCGUGGAAAGCCAAGGGAAUGCCUGUGUCACAGCAAGGCAGGAUGUCACUGCGAGCGCUGGGGAAGCACUACCAGCAGCGAAUGGAGUGAAGGUUCCUGCCUGUGCAUCAAAACCUGAUCCUGGUUCAGAGACCCAUGGCAGCAGUAAGAGUGGGGAGCGAGAAAGGCAGGUGGAAGCAGGUUGCAUAGAUGGAAAAUCCAGCUUGCCCUCACUGGAAGGCAGCGUGGAAACUGAUGGCCCUGAUGCUGAACCUGAAAACAGUGAUGUUGGUGGAUCUAAUGGAAGCGGUGCAGAACCUGAGCAUUGCCAGGAGAGCAGUGAGAUCACUGACCAUGGGGCUGAAGCAAUGGAGAGCAGUGAAAAGGAACCAGUAGGAACUGAUACCAGCAGCCCCAGAGAUGGAGGAAGUGUAAAUUCUGCAGGUCAGGAAGUUGAUGGCUGUCGCCUUUCUGCUGCUCAGACUGGCAUUAAAGAUGAAAUGGGCAACAGCUUCAAACCAGUCACUGCUCAGGAGAGCGAACGUGAGCCUGCAUCGCUCCCUCCAGAGGACUUGAGCACAGGCCUGACAGGGAAGGAGCCUGCCCAGACCGAAGCAGAGAUAGCAGAAAGUGCUUCAGAGCAGGAGGGGCUGAACAAUGAGGUGAAAUCGCCUGCUCCCCUGCCCAGAGGAGAGGGACAGGCUGUGAGUCAGGAGGGAGAUGCUGCAGUGGCACCUCCUGGGCAGGAGGCAGCUCUACAAGGUAAUGACCCUGGAUUAGUGCCAUGUGCCAAUGGUGCAGACUGUGCCAAGGAUAAUUUAAUGGGCACACCCUCUGCAAUUCAUAAUGAGGACUCUAAACAAAACCAGGAAGCAGUGGCGGCGGGGGCAGACUCGGCAGAGCUCUCCUGGCAGCACGGCGGGGAGCAUGGCGGGGUAGCUGCCAGCAGGCCCGGGAACUGUGCUGGGGAUGAGGGCUCCCUGGAGCAGGGCCUCUCUCAGGCUGAAGGAGGCAAAGCUGAGCCUGAGUGGGAGGCUCAUGCGAAUGGCAAGGAGCAGGUUUUGUCAGAGGAACUUCCUGCUGCUCUUGUGAAAUCCUCUGCCUGCAGUCUUGGGGGUCCUGUGGUGGGCAGCAGCAAUGUGGAUGCUGGGCUAAAAGAAAAACCUGAAGAAGCGCAGAAGGCCAGAGCAGUGGCCGCAGGAGAAGGCACCAUGCAUGGACCUGCAUCAGCAGAUGAGUCACUGGGUGCGGAGAGUGACCCCUGUCUGAAUGCGGGACUGAACCAAGAACAUGAUCCCAGUCAGACCCUACAACGGAUCUCCCUGCACAGCAGCACCUCUGAGUUAAAGGACACCUCAGAAAUGGGAGCCCUGAGUGAUGCCUGUGAGGGUAAGGAAGUACUGAGGCCGGUGACAAUGACCCCCGUUGCAGCAUAUCCAGAGGAGCAGGAGGAUAUGGACAGCGUGCUUCCCCGGGCAGCACUCCAGCCCAUCGCAGAGGAGCCCACGUGUGACAGCGACUCCAGCACCGACACCGUUUGUCCGGCCGGCGACAGUGAUGCUGGUCCCGUUGGGAAAGCAGCUCAAGGGGAGGCCUUGGCUGAGCAUGGGAGCAGCUGA